AUGUUUUUGGUUGCUGUUCUUUUAUUUUUAGGAGUGAAAUCCCGGUAUGUUGUGUCUGGGCGAUUAGAUGCUGCAUUUUAUGCUUUCAAAGAAGAUUUUUGCUACGAAGGAAGAACGUCUUUCUAUAUCUUUAGAAUUAAUGAAGAUGAUACUGUUGAGUUGCAUGAAGGGCCAAAUUGUGCAACAAUGUUAAUACACACACUUAUUGAAACGGGAGUACAAGUCAUGGAACAUAUUCCAAGAUAUGUUACUGGAAUGGAAGGGUAUUUCAAAUCGCAUAAUUGUACUACUAUCGAUCAAUCUCUUCCUGAAACUGUUUAUUUCCCGAGAGGAUGUCUUAAACAUAAAGACAAGUACGUUAAAUUUACUACAAUACUCAAUUUCCUCUUGAAGAGUUAUUAUCAUACAGAAGACUGCUCAGGAACAGCUGAUAAAACAGUCCAAUUCUAUUUUAACAGAUGUUAUACAGAACCAGGAUCUGCAACUAUAGAAUACAGACCUUAUAGACCCGAUUAA